CUUAACGCGUCCCAGCCUAGCUGGUCGCGCCAACUGCCUUAACUCUCGUCAAACCGCACUGACGUUAGUUACCAGGACGCCUUGUCCGCCCAUAUCCUUGCGUGAUUGUCAGCCGUCAUCACAGGGUUGCCUGCAGGUGUUAAGGGGGGGGGCGGCCUCCUGGCUAUAAAGGAGCAAUGGCCGCCACCUCGCGUCUUCGGCAGAUUUUGCCGCCUCGUCGUCUGGCCGCCUCGUCCUUGCCUCGACCACUCGAUGCCUUAGGUAGGUCUUUCUUUCGUUUGUGCCUGCAGGCGCCAUAAAAUCCAGUCAAACUGCACGUCCCCACCUUGUGUGUGUUGGGGUUUCGUCUUCCGGUCCCUUUUGGCCUCUGUGCCUGUAUUUUAUCCACUCGCUCUUCCUGCACACGACCUUCCUCGUCCUCAGCACCGUGCCAUCGAAGCCACUCAUUCGCCAUCGCCGCCGCCCGCCCGCCGACCGGGGGCGUCCGCAGACAUGUUCAGCAAACGGUUCGAGACCUCCAACAGGAGCUUCUCCAAGAGCCACAAGCUCUCCAAGUCGAGUUCGUCCUUUAGCAGGGAGAGCGGCGUGUCCAAGCGGCGACAUGAGUCUCGCCACCGCAGGCCAGGAACGGCCUCAACCACGACAGCCACCGACGGCAUCGGCACGUCCACCACAUCCUCUCCAGUCGUGACCCUCGUCAUCGGGGCCGAGCAGCGACUGUUUGCCGCGCACGAAGAGGUGCUGUGUGCAAGUCCCUUCUUCUUCAACGCCCUCCGAAACGGGUACAUGGACCCGUCGGCGAAACGCAUCGCCCUGGCCGACGAGGAGCCGGAAAUCUUCAGCUCCGUGCUCGAGUUUCUGUACAAGGGCGACUACUACCCGCGCCUGCUGCACAACAAGCGUCGGAACUCGUGGGAGCUGGAGCCCACCGCCGGCGACGGGAGGUCCGAGAGCAUCGUCUACCACCGAGGCAUCGACGGCGACCUGCUCAAGGACACUGUCAUAUACUGCGCAGCAGAAAAGUACGGGCUCGAGGAGCUGAAGAAGUUGGCGCUGCGUAAGCAAGGCCUCCAAUCGGGCAUUCAGUGCAGCACCAUCCUGGCGUCCGCACGAUACGCAUACGCCAACACGCCAGACAACGACUCCAAGCUUCGUGCACAUUAUCUCGCUCUGAUUAUUCGUUCACGCAGCACGUUCAAGCGCAGCGGCACCAUGCAGCUUGAGAUGUUCAACGGCGGCACGCCGCUGUUCUUUGACCUCUUUGUGGCCUUGUGCAACCACGUCGACGACAUCUCGUCCGCACAAAGCACCCCACGAUCUAACCGCCACUACUGAUGCCCCGGCACGCUCAUCGAUGGCCGUUCGCAACGUUCCCAACGAGCCUCAUACUUUUUCCGCUCAUCCGCCGUCCGUGACAUGGGUGUGUCCGCGAAAGCGUUUAUAUAAACCGCACAAAAACAAGCACACAGUCGAGCGUUCUCGGAGUUAUGGUUUUCUUGGAGGUGAUUUAGUAAAGUCUACUGCUUUCGUUGCUACCCAUGUACAAUUACUCUUCUCGGUUGGACUUAUACCUAGGAUCCCCUACUUUGGACUAACGGGGAUCCCCUUUUCUCCUUGUUGGUCUAUCUCUUUGGAAGGCAUCCCGAGCCGCUAGAUAUUGACGGGCAGCGUAUGGGACGGCGCUAGUUGAGG